UAAAGAUAAUCCAAUCGACACAAGUCACUUUUUCUUUGGAGAACUCAGGGAGACUUGAACACAUUUUUUAGCCGUUUUCUUGUUUAAACCAGAGCAGAGUUCAGAGCUUCAGAAUGUCGGGCAGUACCAAGACUAUGGAUCAGAGCACUAACUGGUUCUCCAGCUUCUACAACACCAUCAAGCAGACGCCCAUCAAUUUGGCCCUGGUGAUUGUGUCAACCAUCGUGUUCCUGAAGGUCGCCCGACUGACCCGGCGUCGUUGUCAGAAUCGUGGAAAGAAACAGAAAGUGGAUGCGGAGCUUCCAGCUCUACGGAGGGACUUCACUGUUGGCGAACUCAGCGAAUACGACGGAUUCCGGGAAGAUGGCCGCAUCCUUGUGGCCAUAAACUUCAAUGUCUACGAUGUUUCGCGUGCCGUGCACUAUUACGGGCCAGAUGGCGUCUAUCCAACCUAUGCCGGGCGGGACAUUUCGCGCAACUUGAUCAAUUUUUCGGUGGACUUGAAUGAGAGCCAGAAAUUCGAUGAUCUAUGCGACCUGUCCAUAAGCCAAAUGAACAUCUUGAGGGAGUGGGACCAGCAGUACAAGGAGAAGUACCCACUGGUUGGGAAACUCCUGCGCCCAGGAGAGCGCCCAACCAACUAUACCGACGAGGAGGACUUGGAGUCGGAGCCAGAGGUGCAGCGAAUGGGAUGAAGAUGACUCCCCGUUUCAGUUGUGUAAUAUUAUUUACAAAUAAAUAAAUCUCAAAGGAAC